GAAAGUCUCGGCAACGCCCAGAAAUGUGCGCGCGCAGUAUGUAUAUAAUGGCUAUGUGCGCAUCUCAACAGAUAUAGUUGCAACACAGAGCUCGAGAUGAAACUCCUGUUGGUGUUUGUCGCUGCCGUCAGUGCCGCCCCUGAGGCUGACCCCCAGUUUGCCUACGCCGUGGGAUCCAGCCCACUGGUAUAUGCUGCUGCCCCCUACCCACUUGUACACCACGCUGUACAGUACACCGUCCCUGCAACCGGAUGCAGAAACGAUGCCGGCGCUAUUGUUCCCUGCGCUGGAGCCGUUCCCUUUGUUGCCCCCUUUGCCGCUCCUUUGUCCGUAGUUGCACCUGCUGCUGUUGAUGAACCUGCUGCAGAUGAGUCUGCCGUUGUGGUUGAGAGGAAGAGGAGAGAAGCUGAAGCUGAACCUGAAGCUGCUGCUGAUGCUGAUGCAGAGGCUGAUCCUUGGCUAUUGUAUGGAGGUUAUGGAUAUGCUGCUCCUUAUGCCUACCAUGGAUACUCUCCCUACGCCUACCACAGAGGUUACUACGGACACUACCCCUACGCCUAUGCCCAUCCCUACGCCCACUACUCCUACUUUGGUAGAAAGAAGAGGGAUGCUGAUGCUACACCUGAAGCUGAUGCUGAUGCUUACUAUGGAUACCCUUAUGCUUAUGGAUUAGGAUAUGCUGCUCCCUACGCCUAUGGAUAUGCUGCUCCCUACGCCUAUGGAUAUGCUGCCUAUGGUGGAUGCAGAAACAACUACGGAGCCCUUGUCCCUUGUGCCGGCAGAUAAUUUUAAAACUGGGAAUUUUUAUUAAAAUUUUUGGCUUUUUCAUUCUUUGAAUAAAUAAAUUUUAUGUUAUA